AACGGAAACUAUACAGAGCGAGUCAUUUGGAUCCGCCUGUAUAUAUAGCCCGCGUUUUCAUUCCAAAAAAAUCAUUCUGCUUUGCGCUCUUGCUUUCUCUUCCUCCUCCUCCUCCAUUAUAGUCUGCAGAUCUGAGGAUCUUAUUCUACGUAAAAGAAACAAUAUGGAAUCCUUCUUGUUCACAUCAGAGUCCGUCAAUGAAGGACACCCUGACAAGCUUUGCGACCAAGUCUCAGAUGCCAUUCUUGAUGCUUGCCUAGAGCAGGAUCCAGAGAGCAAAGUUGCAUGCGAAACAUGCACAAAGACUAAUAUGGUUAUGGUCUUUGGUGAGAUCACGACCAAGGCUAACAUUAACUAUGAGAAGAUAGUUCGGGAUACAUGCAGAGGCAUUGGGUUCACAUCACCAGAUGUUGGCCUAGAUGCUGACAACUGCAAGGUCCUUGUCAACAUUGAACAACAGAGCCCCGACAUUGCCCAGGGAGUUCAUGGUCAUUUAACUAAGAAACCUGAAGAAAUCGGAGCUGGUGACCAAGGACACAUGUUUGGCUAUGCAACUGAUGAAACACCAGAGCUGAUGCCUCUUACUCAUGUCCUUGCCACCAAGCUCGGGGCCAGACUGACUGAAGUUAGGAAGAACAAAACUUGCCCAUGGUUGAGACCUGAUGGUAAGACACAAGUUACUGUUGAGUACAGAAAUGAUGGUGGCGCCAUGGUUCCUAUUAGAGUUCACACAGUCCUUAUCUCAACCCAGCAUGAUGAAACUGUUACCAACGAGCAGAUUGCAAAGGACUUAAAAGAGCAUGUUAUCAAGCCUGUGAUUCCAGCCCAGUACCUUGAUGACAAGACAAUCUUCCACCUCAACCCAUCUGGCCGAUUUGUCAUUGGUGGCCCACAUGGAGAUGCAGGUCUUACUGGUAGAAAAAUCAUCAUUGACACCUAUGGUGGCUGGGGUGCCCAUGGUGGGGGUGCUUUCUCUGGCAAGGACCCAACCAAGGUGGACAGGAGUGGUGCAUAUAUUGUUAGACAAGCGGCCAAGAGUGUGGUGGCUUCAGGACUUGCUCGCCGAUGCAUUGUGCAAGUUUCAUAUGCUAUUGGGGUAGCAGAACCACUGUCUGUGUUCGUUGAUUCCUACAAGACAGGUAAGAUCCCUGACAAGGAUAUUCUGGCUCUUAUCAAGGAGAACUUUGACUUUAGGCCAGGAAUGAUUGCCAUCAACCUGGACUUGAAGAGAGGAGGCAACUUCAGGUACCAGAAGACUGCUGCUUAUGGUCACUUUGGCCGUGAUGAUCCCGACUUCACUUGGGAGACUGCCAAGAUCCUCAAGCCUAAAGCUUGAUUUCUGGACUACGGUUACUGCUAUUUUUCAGGACUCCGUGACGUGGGAUCAAUACUAUUUUUUGCUCUCUUGUUAGGGAUACGAGGAGACUGGAGUAUUUGUUGAAUGCAUGUUUCUUUUUGGGUUCAUUUUGGUUUUAGCGAAGUUGUUGUGAUAUUCUAUUUUUCUGUAGCAGCUCAGCUGUAUGGGAUCACCUUGAGUAACUCUUAUGUUGAAUUCCAUGAUUUCCGAAUUAAUCAACUAUAUACUAAAAGUUGUUUCAUGUUGAACAAAA